ACACCCACACACUUUUGUUACCAUAUAUAUGUAGAUAUAUAUGUAUCUACAUUUGUGUGUUUAUAUAGGGGUAAUGGACACUUGUAUAAAGCAGUGGUAUACAGAAGAUUCAAAACCAAAAAAUAGUUGACACGUUCGUAGCACAGACAGCGACGGAGGAGACUGUUCCGUCGGCCUCCGAGAGCUCUUCCUCCUUCGAGAACGAGAAUAAGAGGACAGCGAUAUAAGGAUUGUUUGGCUUGGGGAUAUUUUGAUUCUCACUCUCUCUCUCUCUAGAUUUUGAUCCAAGCAGCUAAGAUGCGCAGCAUGGUGAGCUCCACCUCUUCCAGAGGCAUCGCUGCCAUUGUCGGCGUCGGACCCAAGCUCGGCCGCUCCAUCGCCCGCAAGUUCGCCCACGAAGGCUACACCGUCGCCAUCCUCGCUCGCGACCUAGGUAGACUAUCAAGAUUUGCGGACGAGAUAGCGAGAGAGGAAAUGGCACAGGUGUUCGCGAUCCGAAUAGAUUGCUCUGAGUCCCGGAGCGUGAGAGAGGCAUUCGAAGGCGUUCUCUCUCUUGGGUUUGUGGAGGUUCUGGUCUACAAUGCGUACCAGUCCGUGGCCAAUUGGCAACCCACCAGCUUCGCCGACGUUAAAAUCGACUCGUUCCAGAAAUCCAUCGCCGUCUCCUCCGUCGGAGCCUUUCACUGUGCCCAACAGGUACUUCCGGGGAUGGUGGAAAGAGGAAGAGGGACGAUUCUCUUCACUGGCUGUUCUGCUUCUCUCAAUGGCAUUGCUGGUUACUCUGAACUAUGUUGCGGGAAAUUUGCCUUGAGAGCUUUGUCACAAUGCCUGGCAAGAGAGUUUCAACCUCUGGGUGUACACGUGGCGCAUGUUAUCAUCGACGGCAUCAUCGGUGCACCUAGGGGACCAUCAGCGUCUCGGACGUUGCAGCAGCGAUCGUCGGUUGGGGAACAACAGAGCGCAGAAGGGGACGGCUCAAUGGACCCAGACACAAUAGCUCGGACUUACUGGCAAUUGCACAUUCAGAAUCGAUCAGCUUGGACCCAAGAGAUCGACCUGCGUCCCUACAAUUCAAGAUCCUACAACUUCUAGAUCUACUACUUCUACCAUCAAUGUGACAAUUGUGUCAGAUGAUAGAAUUUAGUCCCUAUGUUAAGAGGAGGGUUAACUUAUCGUGAUUUGAUAUGGUUUGGCUAUUUAUAUAUAAAAUACUAUGUUAUAAAUAUGCGAUUAUGAAAUGAUUAACAUCUGUGUUUUGGACUAA